AUGCCCGCGAUCCUAGAAAGCCAGGAGAAUGAGUCGUCUGGACCGGCUACACUUCCCUUCCCGCCGGUGACGAAAUCCCACAUCCUCCACUGCUCAUACCACUACUGGCAUCCGAAAUACCGCACCAUAACACCCAAAGCCCGCCUCAUCCCCCUCACACAACCCUUUCUGGACUAUCUCCGCGCCGACGGCAUCGUACUCCCCUCCGACGACGAACCGCAGCAACGAACGGAAUGGUCCGACACCGACAGCGGCGUCUUCUCCGCCUCCGACAACCCGGACGCAGACGAGUCGGAUGAAGAAGCAGAAGAGGACGUCGCGGCCGAAUGGCGACAGGUCCACCUCGCAAUCAGAAACACCAUCGCAGAACUCGGCGGCAGAGUCAUGCCGAAACUCAACUGGUCCGCGCCGAAAGACGCGACGUGGAUCAACGCGAAUACCAUGGACUGCCGAACUCCACAGGACAUCUACAUGCUCCUCAAAUCGUCCGACUUCGUCACACAUGACCUGGAACACGCUUUUCAAGACUGCGUCGACUCGCCGGAUUCGACUCUGCAAAUGCAGGAUAUCCCCUACCAUCUCGCCCUGCGCAAGACCGUGCCCAAUUACAACCCCUCGGUCGAAUUCCGCUGCUUCGUCCGCGAGAGGAAACUCCUCUGUCUCUGCCAACGAGACCUCAACCACUUCGACUUCCUCUUCCACAUGCAGCACCGCCUCCGAUCGCUCGUCAAGGAAUUCUUCGAGGUCCGAUUGCGCGAUACCUUCCCGGAACCCAGUUUCGUCUUCGACGUCUACGUGCCCCAGCCCUACGAUCGGGUGUGGUUGGUGGAUUUCAACCCUUGGGCCCCGCGCACGGAUCCUCUACUCUUCAGCUGGAUGGAACUCCUGAGGAUGCCGGCGCCCCUGGAGCCGGAACCGAUCGGCGAGGCGGACUUUGUACGGAUCUCAUUGAAUGGACCGAAGCCUGCUGCUGGAGCCGAACCCUUGGGGCCCGAAGAGGAGCACCUAGAAGAAGAUCCCGAGGGGCCCAACGACGACGACGACGACGACGAUGAAGAAGCCGAUGAAGAAGCUGACGAAGAACUCUCCAUGCCCGAACUGCGCCUCGUCAAGGCCACGGACCCGGAAGCAUACAGCUUCAGCACACCCCAAUACAGCGCGCACAAGCUCCCCAAAGACGUCGUGGAUGCCAGCCAGAGCGGGGAGGGACUCCGGGAGUUUGCGCGGGACUGGCAGAAGAUUCUCGAGCAGCGCAUCCGGCAAGACGUUUCCGAUAGCGAGGAUGAUUGA